AAUUGCAGUUAGGAUUUGGGGUGGAGAAGGAAACGUUCUCUAAGGGCUUGGAUAUCAGAGAAAAGUGAAAGUACGGAAAGCUACAGGUAGUGAGAAAACAAAAUCACAAAGGAUGUUGCUAUGGAUCGUACAACUAUUAUUGCCAUGCAUGCUAUAUGCACAAAGGGAUUGCUCCGACAGAGCCUGCUACCCUGCAGUGGGAGAUCUUCUCAUUGGGAGAACCAAUUACUUGAGAGCUUCCUCUACAUGUGGACUUGAAAAGUCUGAAACAUAUUGCACACCAUAUGGAGAGACGCAGAUGACAUGUUGUCGAUGUGAUUCGCGAGAGCCCUUAACAGCAGUCAGCCAUCGCAUUAUCAAUGUUCUAUCUCCCAUGGGUCAUCAGCGCUGGUGGCAGUCUGAAAAUGGUGUAGAUGCUGUUACACUGCAAUUUGAUCUGGGCAGGAAGUUCCAGUUCAGUGAUGUCAGUUUGGAUUUCAGGAACCCCCGUCCGGCUGCCAUGGUAAUUGAACGUUCCUCGGAUUUUGGAAGGACCUGGCAUCCAUAUCAGUACUAUGCCUAUGACUGUUCUGCUGCUUUCCCACAUAUCAGCAGGGGGCGCCUCCAUCAUUUAGGUGAUGUGCAUUGUCAGAACUUGCAGGGUGACCCCACACAGGGUGGAAAGAUGCGAUUUAGCCUAGAAGAGUUGACAUUUUCAGUCCCUGUAUCUCAAAGUCAACGAAUCCAGAACCUUGGUGAAAUUACCAACCUUCGAAUCAAUUUCACACAGCUUAUACGACUACCUGUCAGGCGGUAUCGAGUGCCAAGUGCUUUCUAUUCAGUAAAUGAGAUGCGUGUCCAUGGCACAUGUCUUUGUUAUGGGCAUGCAGAUCAAUGUGUACCCAGUGGAGUACCUAGUAGAGACCCAUAUGGAGAUAUUCAGGUAUUUGAGACCUGUGCAUGCAAACAUAAUACUGUAGGACCAAACUGUGACCGCUGUGCUGAACUCUACAGUGAUCUUCCUUGGAGACCAGCAGAUGAUCAGAACCCAAAUGAAUGCAGACGGUGUGAUUGCAACAACCAUUCCGACAAAUGUCACUUUGACCUUGCUGUAUAUGAGGCAAGUGGAAGGGUGAGUGGAGGUGUCUGUGAAAACUGCAGGGAUGGCACCACUGGAAAGAACUGCGAGAGGUGCAGACCUGACUAUUACAGGAACCCUAACCGUGACAUGAAACACAGGGAUGCUUGUAUCUCUUGUGACUGUGACCCUGAGGGCAGCGUGGACGGUAGGAGUUGUAACCAAAUGAAUGGACGCUGCAAUUGCAAGGAGAAUGUUGGUGGUGAAAGGUGUGACCAAUGCAAGCCUGGUUUUUAUUCACUGAGUGCCUCCAACCCACAAGGCUGUACCAGAUGUGAAUGUAACCCUACUGGGACCCAGGGAGACCAACCUUGUAAUAGUGAGACAGGACAGUGCCGCUGUUUGCCAAAUGUCACAGGCCAGAAGUGUGACCAGUGUGUCUCCCAGCACUGGAACCUCAUCAGUGGCAGGGGAUGUGAGAAGUGUGCAUGCCAUCCCAGGAACUCAUAUAGUCCCCAGUGUAACCAGGUGACAGGACAGUGUCUGUGUAGAGAAGGCUUUGGAGGUUUGUACUGCACAGAAUGCCCAGACAGGGCCUAUGGAAAUCUGCAGUCAGGAUGCCGAGCUUGUAACUGUGACUUCCAAGGGACCCUCGAUAUUGGUUGUGAUAAGGUAACUGGCAAAUGCCUGUGCCGGCCUGGUAUUAUUGGAACUCGAUGUGACUCAUGUCAGCGUGGGUAUAGCAAUUCCUACCCCAACUGUCAAGCGUGCCACUCCUGCUUCCAGUUUUAUGACCAUGAACUUAGUGGCUUAAACUCACAAAUGCAAACACUGAAGAAUGCUAGUGCCAGCUGGGAUAGAGAAUCUGACCUGAGCUUUGGACCUCGAUUGACUGGUGUAGAUGCCAACUUACAGCGUAUUCAGAGGAUAUCCAGUGGAUCCGGCAUCUCCGAUGGUGAACUUGCACGUCUGGAAAAUCAAAUGGGUAGACUGAGAAAUGAAGUGCAGCAGCUAAGUCCCGAUUUGCCACCUGUGGAGAGUUUUGCACCGCUUUCUGCAGACUUGAAUUCUCUAACGGGGGUAUUUAACAAUGUUAAUGUGCUUUAUCAGAACAAGAAAAGGCAGCAUGGGAACAGUAUCAGCACAGACGCCUCAGGUGUAUUCAGAGCUGUUAGCUCUGCCUAUCAAUCAUCUCUAGAGUCAGUAGAGCGUGUCGCUUCAGCAGGAAAUGUUGUAUCUCAGUCCAGGGAGAGCAGAAGAGAGGCAAAAGAUUUGGAAGGACGGACCAAAGACUCCCUUUCCGACCUAGAGACACUGAAGGAGGAAAUGUCCUAUCCUAACCUCACACCUACAGUCAACAGGAUUUGUGAAGGUGUAAGAGUUGAACCUUGCACCCCAGAAAGCUGCCCUGGGACUCUGUGCCAAAAGAACAAUGAUACAGUCUGCAAGGUUGGAUCUCUUUGCAGAGGGGCAUUCCCUUUGUCUGUAAAUGCCCUGAGAAACACAGAAAAAACUGCACAGGACCUACAGGAUAUUAACAGCCAGCUGGAGAAGAAUGCACUACUGAUACUGGCAGCAGAAAAAACUGCCAAUCAGAUCCAGAUAAAUGCCAAGCAGCUGAAUGAGCAAGUGAGCAGGACCAGGGACCGCAUGCAGGAGGAUAUGGGACGCUCCCGACAGCUCAUCCAGCAAAUACGAGAGUUUUUAACAGAGCCGACAACUGACCCUGCAACUAUUCAGGAGAUCAGUGAAUAUAUUCUAUCCCUUGCGCUGCCAGCAGAUGCCUCCUCUAUUCGAAGAAAGAUGAAUGAGAUUCGCAGAAUUGCAGGCAAUCUUCCUAAUGUGGAUACUUUGAUAUCCCAAACUAAAGAUGAUAUUGCCAGAGCCAGGAAAAUCCAAAAUGAUGCUGAGACGGCCAGGAACAAAGCUCAGGAUGUUGAAAGCAAUGUUGAUGGUGUGGUGAUGAAUUUAAGAGAAGCAAAGACAGCUCUCCAGGAAGCUGGGGAUAAGAUCAGAGGGUCCAGUUCCUCCUUACAACAGAUCCAAAAUCGCAUGGAAGAGAUCCGUCAGGUACUUAAUCCAGCUGAGCGAGGGCUGACAGAUCUCAGCAAUGAACUUCAGUCCUUCAAUCAGCAAGUGGAGAAUUUGCGUACGAAAACUGCUGAAAGCCGACGACAGGCCGAACAAGCUCAGCAGGUAGCAAUGGAAGCUAACGGGAAGGCUAUGGAUGCACAGCAGGGUCUUGAAUCUGUGAAGGCCAAGUAUGCCAUACUGAAGUCCCGCCUAGGUCAGACUUCUAACCUGGGUGCUCAGGGAGAGAGAGUUUUCAGCAUCCAGAGAGAAGCAGAAAAACUAUUCCAGGAGUCCAUGGGAAUGAUGAACAAGAUGCGAGAAAUUGAGAGUGAGCUGCAAGAGGGCAGGGAAUCACUGACGAUAAAAGUUACUCAACUGAUGGGUUUGGAAGAUGAAGUCAGAAGCAUCCGAGAUUAUAUCAGUGAAAAGGCUUUGUACUACGCAACCUGCAAAUAAGACAGCUCCAAAACUUUUAUACCUCGACUUAUCUGUAAUAAGUGCCUGGCAAGACAUUACUUUAUUUACUUCCAUGGUCAACAUGCUGUGAGCGAAUAUCUUUAUGACGUCAUGUGAUUACCGUAGCAAUUCCCUCUGUCUGGAAAUUAGUUUUAUUCCAUAUUGCCUCAUGGUAAAUAUAGGAUACUUCUACAACUAAGAAAUGGAUGCAAACCCAUGCAGUGUUCAAGAAAAAACACAAUUGUAUUCAUGCUUCUUUAACUAGGUAGUCGACCAUGAUAUUCAACAAAAAACAAGUUAUUUAUUUAUUUGUUGCAUCUAUAUGAGGAUGUUUUAUAAUGUAUUACUUUUUUUAUAACAUGAAUGUUAUUGUGUUGAGAAAACAUGUUUUUUUUAUCCUUGUAAGGUGGGUUACUGUCUUCCAAUAUAGUUCUUCUUA